AUGUCGAUAAAAGUUGAAUUUGCUCCUCGCGCAAGUUUAGAUGAAUGCUUACAAAUUAAUCAGCUUCGCAACAAACUUACUGAUCAGUUACAACCUGAUGGCAUACCUAAUGACCUUAAUACAGAUUUAAAUUUGCUACGCUGGAUACGUAGCUUUCAUGGAAAUUUUGAAAAAAUUACGAAAAAUUUUUGUGCAUAUGUGGAAUCUCGGAAAGCAGCUGGCUUCGAUUCAGAAAAUUUACCAGAAACUUUCUUCCAGCUGCCACAUAUUAAGCCAUUUUUAUUACUUGUAGCAGCGUCUCGUUUACAUGACAAACUUUGGGUAGAUGAACGGAAUGCAUUUAUAUUUCUGGAACGAGCGUGCGAUCAACCGAAAGAAUUUAUCAAAACGUUGAGGUGCAGUAAUUAUCAGUUGCAUUGCUUUGGGUAUUCUGAACUUCUCCUGCAACUUGUUUUACGACGGGAAAAGAAUCAAAGUGCUGACAAAGGUCCUGUACAGAUUAUCGUUCUCUUCGAUUUGGCUUUAGUACAUCUAAAAGAUUACAUUAAUUUGCACAGUACUCACAUGAAAUAUUGGCAAAUGCGUUGCAAUUUAUGGCAAGAUUGGUAUCCUGGAUUAGCACAGAAAAUUUACCUUCUUAAUCCACCUCGACUAUUUUCUACUGCUUGGAAAUUUGCUCGGUUGUUUUUGCACAGAGACAAUCUGGAACUGAUUGAAUUUAUUACAAAUCAUAAAGAUUUACAAAGCUAUUUACCUUCUUGCGUUAUUCCUCGAGAAUAUGGAGGCGAAUUUGUGAAUAAAAUGAUGUUGGAUAUAUGUGAUGAGAGUGGCUUAAGCCUACGGAAGAAAAUUUCUCCUGAAAAUUAUAUUAAGGAAAAUGAAUUAUAUCGAAUCAAAAAAAUUGAGCCACCGAAAUUAAAAAGAAAAGAAAUUUUGGCUGACUCAGUAUUUGUAGAAAGUAUCACCUUACCCGAUAAUCAUACUGUAUUACUUUGGAGUUUUACUUGCUCUCAUGAUAUUGAGUUUACAAUUUACGAUCGAAAAAAACGAUUACUGUAUCCGCGAUUUCAUUUGUUCACAACAAACUUACCUGAAGAAGGCAUUCUCGAAAAUUUAACUCCGAAUUCGGAGUUUUUUUUUGAAUUUCGAGCAACUGCACAUUAUUCCAAUACUCAACUUGACUAUGCCAUUUGUUCAACUUUUUAG